UUGGGAUUUUUCUCUCUUACAGUCAAGCUGAAGUUAAAUUGCGCUUUUUCUCUCUCUAGUUUUUGGCUCCAACUCAAUUCUCCGUCUCUCUUUCUCUCUCCUCCUCCUUCGUACGUUCUUGAAAGAGAAGAAUUAAUGGAGAGUGGCAAGAAUCAGAUCACUGAAGCUGGUUCACUUGGACACGGGGAUAUGAUACAUGUCAAGCUUCCCGGUGGCUCUUGGUGGCCUGCACAGGUUGUUAAUGAUGAGGCAAUCCUUCAGAGCUUUCAACCUAGAAAGUGUCGCACAGGGGAAGUCCUUGUCCGGAUCUAUGGAAGCCAAGAAUUCUUGAAUGUGAAUCCCGUUAGAUCCUGUUCUGAGUUUGAGUUGAUUCUCAAGAACAAUAAUGCGGAUCUUAGAAAAAUACUCGAGGAAGGUCUUCAAAAGGACCUUCCUAGCUCAAAGAAUAAGCCAGCAUCGAAGGCCAAAGGAAUGCCAAGUGAAAAAACUGAUAGCAAGUCAAAAUCCAACAAGAAAGUUGAGGAGCAGACUCCAGCCAAGCGCCAAAAACAAAAUAAGGAGUCGAAGGAUGGUGAUCUUGCUAGCCCAAGCUGUGAAACAACAGCCUCUGGAAAGCUCCAAGAGCUGAGUUCUCGGAGGAUAAGAGUGAUGCAAAGCCUGGGUCUCGUUGCUCCACUUGGAUCACCAUUCACCAAAGAUAGGCGUAAUUGCAACAAAAUCCCAUGAUUACGGGGAUGGAAAAUUGUUUGCAUGUGAAGAACUUGCGUAAAUGCAUUCUCUUUUAAUAGAACAUGCACAUGCUCAUUUAGUCAAAUACCUUGUUAAGGAGUGUUUAAUCUGCAGUUUCGAAGUUUCUUAUUCAAGCACAUGGAAGUAAUUGUCCAUUGGGACAAAAAUGCUCAGCAACAUUUAUGAGUUUAGUUAGGUGGUCUACCAUUGACUUUUGCAUGCUAGUUUCUGAUUUCUUAAGUUGGAAGUUUAUGGGUUAUAUGUCUCGUGUGAUUUGCGACAACUUUUUACUGCUCUUUUACACCUGCUAGUGCUUGUUUUGGGGA